CUACCCUCUCUCCCUUUCUCUCUCUCAAUGGCUCUUUUCACUUUCUUGCCGGAAAGUUCAGAGGCGGCCAAAAAGCAGCACCGCCCCAGUUCCAAGCGGAAGCGGAAACAGCCGUCGUCGUGGGACCAAAUCAAGAACAUCCUCACCUGCAAGCAGAUCGAAGGGUCCAGGGUCCACGACCCUUCCAAAUCCUACGGUGGGUAUUCCAAGUUGGGCUCCUCCUGCAGCUCCAUACGCGACGUCGUUCAUGGGAAGACCGCCAGCAGCAGAGUGGUCCACAGAGCCGAUAAUUCCCCCGAGAGCAGCAGUCUGGGUCAGGACGCCGGGCUCCUUACCCGCAAGAAUGCGGGUGGGUCGUCGUCGGGUCGGUCCUUGUCUGCUUCGUCGUCGACGAGGUCCAACGGCGGCGCAAUCUUCACGUCGUCAUCGUCGUUUUCCUCCAGAGGAAUGCCCCUGAGAAAGCUCUCUGGGUGUUACGAGUGUCACAUGAUCGUCGAUCCCAGCAGCAGGAUUCCAUCUUCGAGGAGUAGCAUAAAUGCGUGCUCCGACUGUGGAGAGGUCUUCCCGAAGAUGGAGAGCUUGGAGAUUCAUCAAGCAGUUCGACAUGCCGUAUCGGAGCUCGGACCCGAAGAUUCCGGGCGCAACAUCGUGGAGAUAAUCUUCAAAUCGAGCUGGAUGAAGAAGGACAACUCCAUCUGCAAGAUCGAACGGAUCUUAAAGGUCCACAACACCCAGCGCACGAUCCAACGGUUCGAGGACUACCGAGACAACGUGAAGGCGCGCGCCAGCGGCAACACCAAGAAAAACCCCGCCAGGUGCGCGGCCGACGGCAACGAGCUCCUCCGCUUCCACUGCGCCACCGUAUCGUGCACCCUCGGGGCCCGCGGCUCCGCCAGUCUGUGCGCCGCCGUCCCCGGAUGCGGAGUGUGCACCAUCAUAAGGCACGGGUUCCAAGGCAAGGCGGUGACCACGGCGAGCAGCGGUAGGGCCCACGACUGCCUGGUGGGCGCCGCGGAGGGGCGGAGGGCCAUGCUGGUUUGCCGCGUGAUCGCGGGGAGGGUGAGGUGCGUGGCGGAUGAUGCGGCGCCGGAGGAGGACUGGGCACAAGGCGGAUCUGGAUCCGGAUCCGGGUCGUACGAUUCGGUGGCCCGGAACGUGGGGCCGUACUCGAAUAUGGAGGAGCUGUGGGUUUUUAAUCCAAGGGCUGUCCUUCCUUGUUUCGUGGUGAUCUACAAGGCCGGUCAGCUUCCGCUCUGAUUUUGACUUUUUUGUUUUUUGGAUAAAGGGUUAACGUGAGUUUUGUUUGUUAGUAAUGUAUUGCCGCCAAUAACAUCUAUCCACCGAUGGUUAGCUCAUGCUGGAAUUAGCUCACCUGUCUCCAUCUUGUACAUAUUAAGAUAAUCCAAAAAAACGAAAAAAAAAAAUACAAAUCUGUC